AUCCGGCUGGGCGUGGUGACAGGGAAGGACCUGGGUGAGAUUUGCUACCUCUAUUACCCCAAGGUGCCCCGCGUGCUGCUCUGGCUUAUGAUCGAGAUUGCCAUCAUUGGCUCUGACAUGCAGGAGGUGAUCGGGACGGCCAUUGCCUUCAGCCUGCUCUCGGCCGGCCACAUCCCCCUCUGGGGUGGAGUCCUCAUCACCAUCGUGGACACUCUCUUCUUCCUCUUCCUUGACAAGUACGGGCUCCGCAAACUGGAGGCUUUCUUCGGCCUCCUCAUCACCAUCAUGGCCCUGACCUUUGGCUACGAGUACGUGGUGGUGAGGCCAGGGCAGGUGGAGGUGCUAAAGGGCAUUUUCCUGCCCUACUGCCCGGGCUGUGGGCGAGAGGAGCUGCUCCAGGCCGUGGGCAUUGUCGGCGCCAUCAUUAUGCCCCAUAACAUCUUCCUUCACUCCUCCUUGGUCAAGACGCGGGCGAUUGAUCGGUCCAAGAAGGAGGCAGUGCGGGAGGCCAACAUGUACUUCCUGACCGAGUCCUGCGUGGCCCUCUUUGUCUCCUUCCUCAUCAACCUCUUCGUCAUGGCUGUCUUCGGUGAGGCUUUUUACCACCAGCGAAAUGAGGAUGUGCAUUUUUUCAGCCGCUACGCCGGCAUCUUCCCCACCAACAAUGAGACUGUCUCUGUGGAUAUCUACCAGGGGGGUGUCAUCCUGGGCUGCUAUUUCGGGGCAGUGGCACUGUACAUCUGGGCCAUUGGGAUCCUGGCAGCAGGACAGAGCUCCACAAUGACCGGGACCUACGCGGGGCAGUUUGUCAUGGAGGGUUUUCUGCAGCUCCGCUGGUCCCGUUUUGCCCGGGUGCUCUUCACCCGCUCCUUUGCCAUCCUGCCCACCAUCUUUGUGGCUGCCUUCAAGGACGUCAGCCACCUCACGGGCAUGAACGACCUGCUCAACGUCCUCCAGAGCAUCCUGCUGCCCUUUGCCGUCCUGCCCGUCCUCACCUUUACUAGCCUGCGCCCGCUUAUGCAAGACUUCACCAACGGCCUCCCGGGGAAGGUGCUGAUGACGCUUAUCGCGGGGCUGGUCUGCGCCAUCAACGUUUACUUCGUGGUGGAUUUCCUGCCCACGCUGCGGGGCCUGGGGUACUACAUCCCCCUGGGUCUGCUGCUGGCUGCCUACGUGGUCUUCGUCGCCUACCUGAUCUGGACGUGCAGCAUCGCGCACGGAGCCCGGUUCCUGGCCCGGG